AUGUCAAAGUCUCUCGCUGAUUGCCUUUUUUGCAAAAUUAUAAAGCGUGAAAUUCCCUCUAAUAAGCUUAUCGAGACGGAGCAUAGUUAUGCCUUCCUUGAUAUCUUUCCCUUGAGUAAAGGGCACUCGCUUGUAGUCCCGAAAUAUCAUACCGAAUUUUUGCAUCAACUUCCUGAUGAAAAUCUGGCUGAUCUUUUACCGGUCGCGAAAAAAGUUGCAGUUGCUGUAACUGCUGCGACUGAAGAAACUCAAUACAAUAUCUUGCAGAAUAAUGGACCGCGUGCACAUCAGGUUGUUAAACACGUUCACUUUCAUGUGAUUCCUAAGCAAGAAGAUGGUUCAGGUUUAAUUAUUGAGUGGCCUUCUUCCAAGGCUUCAAACCAAGAAUUAGAAGAUCUAGCAAAGAAAAUUAUUGAAAAAUUGUAG